UCACUCAACAGAGCAGAGAGAAAGAAGAGCUUUCUGUCUUUCUUCCUCUGGUUGGUUUUCUUAGUGUGUAGGGUACAGUGGCAGUACAACUGACAAGUUGCUGGUGUAGCUGAGUUGGUGGAGCUGUUUCUUACCUCAACAGUUAGAAUUGUGUUCCUCAAGUGAAAUCGCCCCACUCUGCGCACAAUGUUACGGAGGAAACCCUCAAAUGCUUCAGAAAAGGAGCAGGGCCAGGUGCAGAAGAAGAAGCUGACACUGCAGAGGUCCAGCAGCUUUAAAGAUUUCAUGAAGCCCAAGCCAUCUUCACCUGUAGUAAAUCCUGAGCUGUCCCUGGAGGAGUCGCUACCAGAGGGUGAAGUCCAAGAGAACACUGAAAAAAACAGUGGAAAGUUAGGGAAGAAAUGGAGGAACGUCAUCACACGCACAAUGACCCGAAAGACAUCCAAGAUGGUACAAAAGGUUCUUGCAGAAGAAGGGCUCGAAAGUGGUGAAGAUAGCUCUAUGUCUCCUAUAUCUCCUAAUGACUGGACUCCAGACCUGAGUGCUGGGAACCGGAUAUCUGUGUGCUCCAACAGUUCAGAAGACACGAUUCAUUCUCCCCUGUGCCGUCAGCUUUCUGGAUGUGGGGACAGGCAAAGUCUGGACAGUGGCUUCAGUCAAAGGGACAGUAUGGAAAGCACUUAUAAUGGACCAUUUUGUGGCAGGGCUCGUGUACACACUGACUUCACCCCCAGUCCUUAUGACAUUGACUCCCUCAAACUACAGAAAGGUGAUAUCAUCCAGAUAAUUGAGAAGCCACCAGUGGGCACUUGGACUGGUAAGCUCAACAACAAAGUGGGCUCCUUCAAGUUCAUAUAUGUCACCAUACUCCCAGACGAGGACACACCACCAAGGAGAAAGCGAUGCCAUAGUCAGGGACGGCACAAUAAACCCAAACCGAAAACACUGGAGGAAGUUUUGGAUAGGAUUGGCCUAAAAGAUAUGGAAUCUCUUCUUUCCAUGCAUGGUUUCCAAAGUUUGGAGGACUUUAGUGGACUGAAGGAAUCCCACAUGAAUGAGCUGAACAUCACAGAUCCAGAGGAGCGCACCAAGCUGCUGACAGCAGCUGAACUGCUUCAUGAUUCUGAAGACGAGUCUGAUGAAGAGAAGGAGAGUGUUGAGGAGAAGGUUGACAUGCCACGGGACUCAGGUUGCUAUGAGAGCACAGAAAACCUGGCGAAUGGGCGUGAGGAGGCUGACACAGAGCCCAAAAUGGAACCUGGCGCAGCUAACAAUGUAGAAACCAAUCAACAGCUCGAAGCAGUCCAGGAGAAGCUGCAAGAUCUGACUGUGGAGGAGUCAGAGUCCUGAGAGCAUUGAAUAUACGCUGGAAAAACUCUACUGCUGUGCUUCAGGUACUCCAAUUCCUUCACUGAUGGAUCAGAAGUGUUUGUAGCAGCCCAUCUCCCAUGAAUAACCUACUUCAAAUGCAAAGUCAUGACUGCUGAAUUCCAGUGAAUCUGAAAAUUCUCAUUUUAUUUUAGGGAGGUUUUAUAAUGUCGGCACACUGAAUGGACAGUUUUGAUUUUUUGUUUUUAUUCUUCUGAAUGUUUUAAUAGCUUUUACAUGAAUUAUACUGUAAACAGAAUAAAAAUGGUUGUUAUCCAUUGGUCGAGGUUAUACAUUUACCUGGCCAUAAUGCUGUUAUAUCAGUUAAAAUUGGAUAUGUAUGAGUUGUUUUUGUUUAACUAUUUGAUGUAAUAUUAUAAAUUGUGCUUUUAUGGUGGCACUGUGUCCUUGCACCUACAGAGUUGAGGGUUCAAUUCCCUGGCUCAGGUCUGUGUGCAUCGAGGAAUGGAAUAGUCUUGACUCCGGGCUUCCUGUGACCCUGUACAAGAAAGGGGUAUAGAGAAUGAGUGAGAGAAUGUACAAUAUAGUAUGAUCUAUUGUUAUUUUUACAAUAUUUAAAUUUUUUACUUAUUUUCAAGAGGCUUGGGGGGUGGGGGGGGGCUAGGUAACUCGGUGCUUAAGGCGCUGAACUGCUGAUCAGGAGCUCACCGGUUUGAGCCCCAGUGCCACCAUGCUACCACUGUUGGGCCCUAAAACAAGGUCCUUCACACUCAACUGCUCAGAUACAAUCGGGCAUGGAGCUGCCAACCCAACUCUGAAAGAAAACUGCCACUGUAACGAUGGAUAUCUUUCCAGGAGUAGGGAGCACUGAUCUCCUGAAGGCACACCCCUAUCCCCCCACACCACCCCUUACUUAAAAAGAGAACCAGUACUACAUUGAAGCUGUAAGUUAUGCUUUGUGAUCUUUGUUCUAUACAUGUUCAGUUAUGAACAUUAAUUAUUGUAUGUAUGUUUUUUCCAUAUUUUUGUCAGUUUUAUUGUAAUUGCUACAUUUGUUUGUGUGUUGUUUAUCUUGUUUAAUGUUUUUACAAACCUUUUGCAAAUACUGUGGACACAGCAUGUUUCUGCGAUCUUUUGAUCAAAAUGCUUAUGCUACAAAUUGGAUUCUAUUAUAAAUAAAAGCUGUA